AUGAAAGCAACAGUGGAAAGGGAGAGGAAAAGCAAGCAGCGGAAAUGGGAGAGGAAAAGCCACAGCAGUGAAAGGAUGGGUAUUUUCGUCCUGAAAUUCCAACCCUGCAGGUUUGAUCAUUGCAUCAUAUCAUAUUGUCAUGAGUUUCUAAAGCAGAUUUUUGUUGAGUUUGAUCUUGUUCCACUAGCAAGUGCUUCCCUCGCAAAGGUUCAUGUUGCUCACAUGCAUGAUGGCAAAAAAGUCGUUGUAAAGAGCCAACAUGAUGAGCUGGAGGCAAAAUUUUUUGAGGAGAGAGCGGCACUUGAAGCUAAGUACCAGAAGAUGUAUGAUCCAUUGUAUGCAAAGGUAACUUUUUGUGUUGCUCUGGGCAUUGAGGGAACACCUACAAAGGAUAAAGCUACAGAAGAGAAAGGAGUACCAGAUUUUUGGCUCACUGCAAUGAAAACCAACGAAGUGGUUGGUGAGGAGAUUUUUGAACGCGAUGAAGGGGCUCUCAAGUACCUUAAAGAUAUCAAGUGGUUUAGAAUUAAUGAUCCCAAGGGCUUCAAGCUCGAAUUCUUCUUUGAUCCUAAUCCAUACUUCAAGAACACUGUUCUAACAAAGACAUAUCACAUGAUUGAUGAUGAUGAACCUAUUCUUGAGAAGGCCAUAGGGACGGAGAUUGAAUGGUAUCUUGGAAAGAGCCUGACACAGAAGGUUCUGAAAAAGAAGCCAAAGAAGGGAUUAAAGAAUGCCAAGCCCAUUACAAAAACUGAACAAUGUGAUAGUUUCUUCAACUUCUUCAAUCCACCACAAGUCUCGGAUGAUGAUUAUGAUAUUGAUGAAGAGACAGUCACCAGUGAGUACCAGGCUAAGGAAGAAAGAAUGAUCGCCUACUUACAAAAGGCCUGGGAAUUCAUGAGCAAAUUCCCCAGGUGCGAUGUCAACUUGAUCCCCAGGUCAGAAAACUCCAAAGAAGAUACACUAGCAAAAGUGGCCACAAUGGCCGAAGAUGACAUCCCAAGAUCAAUCCCGAUCGAGUUUCUAGCCGAGCCGAGUAUCAACAAGUCUGAUUCAGAUACAAUCAUUCCAGUAAAUUCAGCCCCAAAGCUGGAUGGACUGGAUAGUCGAAUAUCUUUAGAAAGGCGAGCUAUCUGA